AUGGUCAAUUCGUGCACGGGAAAGAUGGGGCAUGCCACAGCUGAGGCAGUGGUGAGAGCAGGGCUGCAGCUGGUGCCGCUGAGCUUCACAGGGGCCUCUGAGGCGGUGGCAGUGGGCAAUGUUGGAGUGGCGGGCAUCCCUGUCGAGCUCAUAGCUCCAGAGGAGCGACAGGCCGCCAUGCAGCGUGUCAAGGAGCAGUACCCAGGCCUUGUGCUUAUAGACUUCACGCUGCCAUCUGUGGUCAACGACAAUGUAGAGUUCUAUGCGCGCAACAGCGUUCCAUUUGUGGUCGGCACAACCGGUGGCGACAGGGAGAAGCUGCUGGCCGAUGCGCAGUCCGCCGGCUGCUACGCUGUCAUCGCCCCCCAGAUGGGCAAACAGGUGGUGGCAUUCCAGGCAGCGAUGGAGAUUUUGGCGGAGAACUUCCCGGGCGCAUUCUCGGGCUACAAGCUGGCGGUGACAGAGUCGCACCAGCGCCAGAAGGCUGACACGUCCGGCACUGCCAAGGCCAUCGUUGCCUCCUUUGGCAAGCUGGGCACACCCAUCCGCGAGGCGGACAUCGAGAAGGUGAGGGACGCCUCGACACAGGUGGAGCGGAUGGGGGUGCCAGAGGAGCAUCUGAGCGGCCACGCAUUCCACACAUACAGGCUGACAUCUCCGGAUGGGGAUGUGGAGUUUGUGUUCCAGCACAAUGUGUGCGGGCGCACAAUCUAUGCAGAGGGGACGGUGGACGCAGCUCUGUUCCUGGCAAAAAAGGUUGCAGAAAAGUCAGAAAGGCGCAUCUUUGACAUGAUUGAUGUGUUGAGAGAGGGUGCGAUGAGAUGA